CCCAUCAUAGGUGGACUUUUCAUGAGGAACACCGUUCAGGAGCACAGUGCAUUUCGAUUUGCUGUGCAGUUAUACAACACAAACCAAAAUACCACGGAAAAGCCCUUCCAUUUGAACUAUCAUGUAGAUCACUUGGACUCUUCAAACAGUUUUUCUGUGACAAAUGCUUUCUGUUCACAGUUUUCCAGAGGAGUUUAUGCCAUUUUUGGAUUCUAUGACCAGAUGUCAAUGAACACACUGACGUCAUUUUGUGGAGCCCUUCACACAUCCUUCAUCACACCCAGCUUCCCAACUGAUGCAGAUGUGCAGUUUGUCAUCCAGAUGCGGCCAGCAUUAAAAGGAGCCAUCUUGAGUCUCUUGACCCAUUAUAAGUGGGAAAAAUUUGUGUACCUCUAUGACACAGAACGGGGAUUUUCCAUUCUUCAGGCGAUUAUGGAAGCAGCGGUACAGAACAACUGGCAAGUGACAGCCAGAUCUGUAGGAAGCAUAAAGGAUGUUCAAGAGUUCAGAAGAAUUAUAGAGGAGAUGGACAGACGUCAAGAAAAAAGAUACUUAAUUGACUGUGAAGUAGACAGAAUCAACACCAUUUUGGAACAGGUUGUAAUCCUUGGCAAACAUUCUAGAGGCUAUCACUACAUGUUAGCUAACCUGGGUUUCACAGACAUUGUUCUGGAGAGAGUGAUGCACGGAGGUGCCAACAUUACUGGAUUCCAGAUUGUUAAUAGUGAAAACCCAAUGGUUCAACAGUUUCUACAACGCUGGGUGAGGCUCGAUGAAAGAGAAUUCCCUGAAGCCAAAAAUUCACCAUUAAAGUAUACGUCUGCACUGACCCAUGAUGCAGUCCUGGUCAUAGCAGAGGCUUUCCGCUACCUCCGAAGACAGCGUGUGGAUGUCUCCAGGAGAGGUAGUGCCGGAGACUGCUUGGCCAACCCUGCAGUACCAUGGAGCCAAGGAAUUGAUAUAGAAAGAGCGCUGAAAAUGGUGCAAGUUCAAGGAAUGACGGGGAACAUCCAGUUUGACACCUAUGGGCGGAGAACAAAUUACACAAUUGAUGUGUAUGAAAUGAAAGCCGCUGGAUCACGGAAGGCUGGUUAUUGGAACGAAUAUGAAAGAUUUGUGCCAGCAUUAGAUCAGCUGACGUCUAACGACACUUCAUCUGUGGAGAACAGAACUAUAGUAGUCACUACCAUCUUGGAAUCACCAUAUGUAAUGUAUAAGAAAAACCAUGAACAACUAGAAGGGAAUGAGAGAUAUGAAGGAUAUUGUGUAGACUUAGCUUCUGAAAUAGCAAAACAUGUUGGAAUAAAAUACAAACUGUCAAUUGUUGGAGAUGGGAAAUAUGGAGCUAGGGACCCUGAGACUAAGAUAUGGAAUGGCAUGGUGGGUGAACUGGUCUAUGGGAGAGCAGAUAUAGCUGUUGCCCCCCUCACCAUAACAUUGGUGCGAGAAGAAGUCAUAGACUUUUCCAAACCCUUUAUGAGCCUGGGCAUCUCCAUCAUGAUCAAGAAGCCUCAGAAAUCUAAACCGGGCGUAUUCUCUUUCCUGGAUCCUUUGGCUUAUGAAAUUUGGAUGUGUAUAGUCUUUGCGUACAUUGGCGUCAGCGUAGUUCUUUUCCUAGUCAGCAGAUUCAGCCCUUACGAAUGGCACUUGGAAGACAGCAGUGAAGAACCACGUGACCCUCAGAAUCCUCCUGACCCUCCAAAUGAGUUUGGAAUAUUUAACAGCCUUUGGUUUUCCCUGGGUGCCUUUAUGCAGCAAGGAUGCGAUAUUUCUCCAAGAUCUCUCUCAGGGCGAAUUGUCGGAGGAGUCUGGUGGUUCUUCACUCUCAUCAUUAUCUCUUCCUACACUGCUAAUCUUGCUGCCUUCCUUACGGUGGAAAGGAUGGUUUCUCCCAUAGAGAGCGCAGAAGACCUGGCUAAACAAACUGAAAUAGCCUAUGGCACUUUGGAUUCAGGCUCAACCAAAGAAUUCUUUAGAGUAAGUCUGUUAAAUCUCCAUUAG